AUGAAGAAACUAAUAGUUAAGAGAAUAGGAUUUGAUUGGGCUAGUCCACCAAGUAGAGCUGUCGUUAUGUUUACUAAAUAUGCUGAUAUCUAAAACGUUGAGCUUUAAUAGAUCAGACUUACUAAAAAUGAGCAUAAAACGAAUGAAUAUAAAAGACUAUUUCCUAUGCAAGUAGUACCUAGUUUACUAGAAUUAGAUUUGAAUGAUCCAAAUUAUGAGUUUGCAAUUACAGAAUCUGCUGCUAUUAUGAGAUAUCUAGCUGAUACCAACAGCUCUAAAAUUCCUGAUGGCCUGUACCCCAAGUCAGAUUAAAAUCCCUAACUCAGAGCCAAAAUAGACAUGAUGGUUGACUGGAAUCAUGUUGGUCUCAGAUACUAGUCAAACAGACUGAUCUUCUUGAAAUACUUUGUCAAACUGCGUAAACUUGAUAUUGUAGUAUCACAGUCUGAAGUUGAUGAAACUGAGAAAAGAAUGCUUAAUGGGUUAACUAUUUUAGAGAUGAGACUCAAUGAGGGUCAUUAGUAUUUGAUUGAUGACUAAAUAUCAAUGGCUGAUUUUUCAUCACUUGCCGAUGUAACAUAGCUUAGAUUCUUGAUUAACUGUGAUCAGUACCUUGAUCAAUUCCCUAAAGUCAAAUAGUGGCAAUAAAAGAUGUUUGAGCUCUAGGCAGUCAAGGAGUCGCAUGAUGUAUUCUUUGACUUAGUCUAGAAGUCCUAGGAAAAGUACAAAGAUUUACUAGUCUGA